UUUCCGCCUGUACUUAAAACCCCCGCUCCUCCCUCAUCUCUCUCUCUCUCUCUCUCUCUCAAUAUUAGAAGAAGGCAGGCAGGCGAUAAUCAUCAAUCAAAAACUUCUUCUUCAUCUUCUAAUUCUCUCAUUCAAAUUCCAAUCCAAUCCAAUCGAUCUUCUGCUUAUGGCAACCAUGAACAACAACUCUCAAGUGGCCACUAAACAGCCUGUUCCAACGCCUAACACCAUCGAUGCCCAAUCCGUCCUUAAAAGAUUGCAGUCAGAACUGAUGGAUCUAAUGAUGAGUGGUGAGACUGCGGUAUCCGCGUUUCCUGAGGAAGACAACAUCUUUUUCUGGAAAGGAACGAUUUCCGGGAGCAAAGACACUGUCUUUGAAGGAACAGAAUACAAGCUUUCCCUUUCCUUCCCGAAUGAUUACCCCUUCAAGCCUCCAAAGGUGAAGUUCGAGACCGCUUGCUUUCAUCCUAAUGUCGAUGUUUUCGGAAACAUAUGUCUGGAUAUUCUUCAGGACAAAUGGUCAGCUGCUUAUGAUGUGAGAAGUAUUCUAAUCUCUAUCCAAAGUCUCCUUGGAGAACCAAACACAAGUUCGCCUCUGAACACGCAAGCAGCAGCACUUUGGAGUGAUCAAGAAGAAUACAGGAAAAUGGUGAAGAAGCUGUAUAAACCAGUUGCAUAAGAUGGAUGGAAUGGAGGAGGCAUUGAGAAUUAAUUCUAUUCUUUUUUUCUACAGAAAUUUACUUCAAAAUUUCAAUACAUUUAUUUUAUUUUAUUGUCUUUCUAUCUUUCAAAUUUUGACUUAGUUAUGAGCAAUUGACGGCUCUGUUUGUUUGAUGCAUCAAAUUACAGGAGUGAAAUGACUAAAACCUUAAUAUUA